GGUGUCGGGGAUGCGGAUCGGCAGAAGCUUCUCGUGGCAGUGAACAGCAUUUCCUCCUGUUCCGAGCUUACAUAAAUUAACGAAAAAUCUUCAAUAUGAACAGUCUGUCGAAUAAGAUUGCCAUUGUCACCGGCGCCUGUUCUGCGAUCGGCAAGGCGAUCGUGGAGGAACUGGUGUUGAAGGGACUCAAAGUCGUCGGUCUCUCCAGCGAUAUGAACAAACUGAAGAUUCUCGUGGAUGAGUUGAAGGACAAACCCGGCAAGCUCUAUCCUCUUCAAUGCGACUUGAGCUUUCCGGAUGAGAUCGAGGGUGUAUUGGAAUGGAUAGAGAAGAACCUAGGUAGUGUAGACAUUCUGAUAAAUAACGAUGGUGUUAGCUUAGAUUGGUCCAGCAUUAACGGUGGAAUUCAGGAGCUUAAGAAGUCUCUUGAGAUCAAUGUGCUCGGCUUAUCGUGUAUCACUAAGAAGGUUCUGCAGUUGAUGAAGAAUAAGGGAAUGGAUAACGGCUGCAUCGUUAAUAUUAACGACAUAUGCGGCCUGAAGUGGUUGCCUCUUGCCUCCGAUCGGCCUCUCUCCCCGGCGUACGUUUGCAGCAAGUCUGCGCUGGCCUCGCUGACCGACUGGCUUCGUCUGGAAUUGGCACAGAACGAGUCCAAUAUCAAAGUGAUCAGCAUUUGUCCGGGCUUGGUAGAGACUGAAAUCACCCAGCAGUGGUUGAAGGAAAAUUCACGAUUGGCCCUGAAACCGAAAGACGUGGCAGAUGCUACUCUCUACUCGUUGCAGACUCCGGAGUAUGUGCUUAUUAAGGACCUCAUUAUUGCGCCCAUUCGGGAGAUGAUUUAAACAUCGAACGAAAUCGUUGUCUACAAUGUAAACAUUGUAAUAUUUACAAUCAAAUAAAGCAUUAGCAAUUUUCAAAUACAAUA